UUUUAAUUUAUUAUAUGCAAUCAUUCAUGGAAAACGUGAAGAUGCUAUCUUUGGAACACCUAAAAGUUAUAUUAAAAUCUAUACAGAAUGUUGGAAACAAGAUCCAGAUCAACGUCCGACUAUUCAAAAUAUUGAUAAAGAUUUGAAUAGUAUUGAUUAUAAUACAAUUAAAAACGAUGAAAUUUUUAAAGAAUAUGUUAAUGAUGAAGAUAAAGACCUAUUAACAUUAGAAUAUUCGAAUUCAUCAAAGUAUUACGUAGAUCUAUAUAAUAAAACAGAAAAAGAAUUAAAAUUAAUUAAUUCAGUUAUUAUAAUUUUAAAAAAUAUUUCGAACGAAAAUAAUCUGAAAGAAAAUUUAAUUUUAACUAAUUCUUUUUCUAUUUUAGAAAUUUUCACAAAUAAUGAAGAAAAAUUUCUUUAUGAAUUAAAUU